CUGUUUCCAAGGUGACGGAGUGGCGGCCUCGGUGGUGGAUUGAGCGGGUCUGGACGAGCUUCCCAGAGGGCUGCGCGCGCUCGGCCGUCGGCGCUGCCAUGGCGAGCCUGCUGAAGAAGACCACCGGCCUCGUGGGACUGGCGGUGUGCGAGACGCCGCACGAGAGGUUAAGAAUAUUGUACACAAAGAUUCUUGAUGUUCUUGAGCAAAUCCCUAAAAAUGCAGCAUAUAGAAAAUACACAGAGGAGAUUACAAAUGAGAGGCUGGAUAUGGUGAAAGCGGAACCAGAUGUUAAAAAAUUAGAAGACAGGCUUCAGGGUGGCCAAAUAGAAGAGGUGAUUCUUCAGGCUGAAAAUGAACUAAGUCUGGCAAGAAAAAUGAUACAGUGGAAGCCAUGGGAGCCUUUAGUGGAUGAGCCUCCUGCCAACCAAUGGAAAUGGCCAAUAUAAUCAUCAUCAAAUAACUUGCGUGUUGAAGGGAAAAUGAUGUGAUUAAAUGUUCUGUUAUAUCAAAAA